CCUCGCUUCGGCCUAGCUCCCGACGCUUUAGUCCUCCUUUUCUCGAGAGCAGCUCGUACUUCUUUUUUUUCCUCCUCGUAAGCUGUGAGGGAGAGGCUUCCACAUCCUUCAGCUCUCCCUUUGGCCGUAGGAACCCCAUCAUUUGGAUUUUUUUCUUUUCCCCGAACUCUCUGAGUGCAACCCAGCCCCCCUCCCCCUCCCCUCGGUCUCCAUUGGCCUGGUUCUGCCUUCUCCUAGGGCGCAUGUGGCUGGCCCUCAGUAAAUGUUAGUCCUUCUUUUUUGCCUUGCGGCCAGAGGAGGCAUAGUCCAAAUUUAUCUGCUACGGGAACAUUUGUGCGCCCACUUUUAUUUCAGUCUCUUGGGGUGGAGGUGAAGCCGAUAUGCAUUCCAGUGGUAAUUGGCGUGUGUUCUGCUUGUAGAAGGCAAUUUUCUUUGCCUCCCUUAGCACUUCAGCAACUUUUAUCAGCUAUUCUCACUGCUUUUCUAAAUCUUAGGGGUGGAGCUUGGCAGAAGCUGGCGAGUAGCGCUGGUGCCCAGAAGUUCGAAGCCAUCAAUGGUAGUAGGGUGUUUACGGAGGGAUUGUUAAUUGGAUUGAAGGAGAAGCCUCAGUAUGGUAGAGCCUGGCGGGCGAGAGCCAACGAAGCUUCUGGUGGCAGCAUAACAGAUGGACUCUGGAGCCAGCUUUCGUGGGUUCAAAUUUUGGUUCUGUUAGCUUUUUAUUUUAGGUCAAGGGGCUUCCCUUCUAGGUGCCUCGGUUUCCUUAUCUGCAAAAUAGCGAAUAGUAUCCUGACUUUGUAAAUUGGAGAAGCCAGUGACACUGCCAGUGUUCUUUUCAGGUAGUGUCUUUGGGAUCCGGUGCAAGUCGAAUCAUUGUUUAAAUAAGGUGUAAUUGAAAAGUGACCCUCUCUUCAGAGAUGUCAAAAACAAACAAAUCCAAGUCUGGAUCUCGCUCUUCUCGCUCAAGAUCUGCAUCAAGAUCUCGUUCUCGUUCAUUUUCGAAGUCUCGGUCCAGAAGUCGAUCUGUUUCUCGUUCAAGGAAGCGCAGGCUGAGUUCUAGGUCUCGUUCCAGAUCAUAUUCUCCAGCUCAUAACAGAGAGAGAAAUCACCCAAGAGUAUAUCAGAACCGGGAUUUCCGAGGUCACAACAGAGGCUAUAGAAGGCCCUAUUAUUUCCGUGGGCGCAACAGAGGCUUUUAUCCGUGGGGCCAGUAUAACCGAGGAGGCUAUGGAAACUACCGCUCGAAUUGGCAGAAUUACCGGCAAGCAUACAGUCCUCGUCGGGGCCGUUCCCGAUCCCGGUCCCCAAAGAGAAGGUCCCCUUCACCGAGGUCCAGGAGCCAUUCUAGAAACUCCGAUAAGUCUUCCUCUGACAGGUCGAGGCGCUCCUCAUCGUCUCGCUCUUCCUCCAACCACAGCCGAGUUGAAUCUUCUAAGCGCAAGUCUGCAAAGGAGAAAAAGUCCUCUUCCAAGGAUAGCCGGCCGUCUCAGGCUGCUGGGGAUAACCAAGGAGAUGAGGCCAAGGAGCAGACGUUCUCUGGAGGCACCUCUCAAGACACAAAAGCAUCUGACAGCUCGAAACCGUGGCCAGAUGCCACCACAUACACUGCUGGUUCUGCGUCACGGGCCUCUGCAGUUUCUGAGUUGAGUCCCCGGGAGCGAAGCCCUGCUCUCAAAAGCCCGCUCCAGUCUGUGGUGGUGAGGCGGCGCUCACCCCGUCCUAGCCCUGUGCCAAAACCUAGCCCUCCACUUUCCAGCACGUCCCAGAUGGGCUCAACUCUGCAGAGUGGUGCUGGGUACCAGGCCGGGACACACCAAGGUCCAUUCGAUCAUGGCUCUGGGUCCUUGAGUCCAUCCAAAAAGAGCCCCGUGGGUAAGAGUCCACCGGCCACUGGCUCCACGUAUGGCUCGUCUCAAAAGGAGGAGGCUGCUGCUCCAGGAGGAGCAGCCUAUACAAAGAGGUACCUAGAAGAGCAGAAGACAGAGAACGGAAAAGAUAAGGAACAGAAACAAACAAACACUGAUAAAGAGAAAAUGAAAGAAAAAGGGAGCUUCUCUGACACGGGCUUGGGUGAUGCGAAAAUGAAAUCUGAUCCAUUUGCUCCCAAAACUGAUGCUGAAAAGUCUUUCCGGGGUAGCCAGUCUCCCAAAAGGUAUAAGCUUCGAGAUGACUUUGAGAAGAAGAUGGCUGACUUCCAUAAGGAGGACAUGGAUGGUCAAGAUAAAGACAAAGCGAAGGGAAGGAAGGAAUCAGAGUUUGAUGAUGAACCCAAAUUUAUGUCGAAAGUUAUAGCAGGUGCAAACAAAAACCAGGAGGAGGAGAAGUCCGGCAAAUGGGAGGGCCUGGUGUAUGCGCCUCCAGGAAAGGAAAAGCAGAGGAAAACCGAGGAGCUGGAGGAGGAAUCUUUCUCAGAGAGAUCCAAAAAGGAGGAUCGGGGAGGGCCCAAGAGAACCGAAAGUGGGCACCGGGGGUUUGUGCCUGAAAAGAAUUUCCGAGUGACCGCUUACAAAGCAGUCCAGGAGAAAAGCUCUUCACCUCCCCCGAGAAAGACCUCUGAGAGCCGAGAGAAGCUAGGAGCCAAAGGAGACUUUUCCUCAGGGAAGUCUUCCUUUUCUAUUACUCGAGAGGCCCAGGUCAAUGUCCGGAUGGACUCUUUUGAUGAGGACCUUGCCAGACCCAGUGGCUUAUUGGCUCAGGAACGCAAGCUCUGUCGGGAUCUAGUCCAUAGCAACAAAAAGGAACAGGAAUUUCGUUCCAUUUUCCAGCACAUACAGUCAGCUCAGUCUCAGCGGAGCCCCUCUGAACUGUUUGCCCAGCAUAUAGUGACCAUUGUUCACCAUGUUAAAGAGCAUCACUUUGGGUCCUCAGGAAUGACAUUGCAUGAGCGCUUUACUAAAUACCUAAAGAGAGGAACUGAGCAGGAGGCGGCUAAAAACAAGAAAAGCCCAGAGAUACACAGGAGGAUAGACAUUUCUCCCAGUACAUUCAGAAAACAUGGUUUGGCUCAUGACGAAAUGAAAAGCCCACGGGAACCUGGCUACAAGACUGAGGGAAAAUACAAAGAUGAUCCUGUUGAUCUCCGCCUUGAUAUUGAACGUCGUAAAAAACAUAAGGAGAGAGAUCUUAAACGAGGUAAAUCAAGAGAAUCAGUGGAUUCCCGAGACUCAAGCCACUCGAGGGAAAGAUCAGCUGAGAAAACAGAGAAAACUCAUAAAGGAUCAAAGAAGCAGAAGAAGCACCGGAGAGCGCGAGACCGGUCCAGGUCAUCUUCCUCUUCCUCCCAGUCAUCCCACUCCUACAAAGCGGAAGAAUACACUGAAGAGACGGAGGAGAGGGAAGAGAGCACCACAGGCUUUGACAAGUCCAGACUGGGGACCAAAGACUUCGUGGGUCCAAGCGAAAGAGGAGGCAGAGCUCGAGGGACCUUUCAAUUUCGAGCCAGAGGGAGAGGCUGGGGCAGAGGCAACUACUCUGGUAACAACAACAAUAACAGCAACAACGAUUUUCAAAAGAGAACCCGGGAGGAGGAGUGGGACCCCGAGUACACACCCAAAAGCAAGAAGUAUUACUUGCAUGAUGACCGUGAAGGCGAAGGCAGUGACAAGUGGGUGAGCCGGGGUCGGGGCCGAGGAGCCUUCCCCCGGGGCCGAGGCCGGUUCAUGUUCCGGAAAUCCAGCACCAGCCCCAAAUGGGCCCAUGACAAGUUCAGUGGGGAGGAAGGGGAGAUUGAAGACGACGAGAGUGGGACAGAGAACCGAGAAGAGAAGGACAAUUUACAGCCCACAACUGAGUAGGGGCCACUCUGAUGGGAGCCCCUGCCCAGGGGAGAGAGGGCGCUGGGAAGAUGGCUGGUGAGGAGCGAAACAGAGAAGCCUCAAGAUUGCGAAAAUCCCACCCCCCUCACCCCCCAGCCACGCAGAAUCCUAUAUCACCGCCGAAAGCAUCCCUGGCGCCAAGUCCCACUGGACAGGCGGCCGGCUGAGGGGCCUGGGGGUUGGGCCCAGCUCUGGAGCAGAACACAACACAUUGGGCUUUAGCUGUGUUUCUCAUUUGUUGUUGGUGUGCGGGGUGGGGGCUGGGGUAGGGAGGGGAGAGCGAUACCUGGAUUUUGGUUUGUUCCCUAUUAGAAACCAACAGUUUUGUUCUUAAUUUCAUUUGGAGCUAAGAGGACUAAUUUGAUUUUCAAUCUCUUCUCCCUUAUCCUGAUUUUAAAAGCCCUUCUUCUUCCUUUUUUUUUUUUUUUUUUUUAGGCAUAUGUAGUAACCAUAGCAGAAAGAUUUAAUUUGGGCAACUUUGAUUCUUCAAAGAGAAAACAAAGCAUGUGAAUAAACUUUGAAGUGUUCACCUCAGUUUGGGACCAAACUGCUUGGAUCUUUGUAAAAAUUGGUUUUGUAUGUCGAGGAGGAGUUCAAGGCCUUUCUGACCACCUUGUGUUCCCCUUUUCUGCACAGCCAUGUAUCCGAUGGUGUGCUGCUAACCAUACCCCACACCCCCCCCCACACCCCAAUAUUUUCUGAUUUCUUCUGGGCUGGGCAUCCCAUUCUCCACCAGCAGCUCCAGUAUCCCAAACUUUGUAGUCCUGCUGAUCCUCUCAGCAACAGGGGUGGAAACUGGACGGCAGUUUCUGGUCUGUUUUCUAAGAAACUUCUGAAUUCUAUUAUCUUUACAAAUAUAAGAUGAGAAAAUAAUUUUUUCAAUAUUUUUUAUUAAUCUUUUUAUAAAAUGAAAAGAAACUCCUAUGAUCGAUUAAGGAAGGUGGUUAUGGCUGGGUGGUUUGUGGGGGUUUGUUUUUUCUUUUCCUUUUUUUUUUUUUUUUUUUAAACCUUAAGCUUUAAGUUGAAACAUUCUUGGAUGUUUGGGGGGAAAACAUCCUCUUAAAAUGGGUCCUUGUGCUUGCCUUCUGGGGAGGCGGUCCUGAGCAGGUGAAUCAUAUGGCAUUUAUGCAUAUGUUAUAUGCGGACUGCACCCACCUCUUCCCCCCACCCCCAACCUUUGCCUCUUGGGUUGUUGUGCUUCUUUCCCCUUACUUUGCUACAUUUCUAUAGUUAAGUUGGUUUUACUUGAAUGAUUCAUGUUUAGGGGGGAAAAAUGAAAACACCCUUCAAAUUUGUUUCAACUCCUCCUGCAAAUAAAUAAAUAAAUGAAGAAGGCAGAUGUAAA